UGAUAGAGACAUGGACUUUUGGGCUUAAUAUUGUAAUAAAAUGUAAUAGUGGGCUGGGCCAAGUAAUUAGAUAGAUUGAGGGAAGCCUCGUUUUGAAAAGAAUAAAUAGAAGAAUAGAAUAGGGUGAGGCUAGGCAGAAAUUGGAUAGACUUGGGAGAGGGGACUGCUCGAAGUGUCUCAUUGGGAGAGGGGAUUGUUCGAAGUGUCUCGAUCUGUUUUUUUUCUCUUUCUUUUACUUCCGCGCCUGUAAAACUCAGAUUACCGUCAAUAUACUACCUGUUUUACCAUGUACCUAACAUUGGUAUCAGAGCAGUCGACCCAGGGAAACUUCAAUCAACAGUCACGCGAUAAAAAAAUGGAGCACAAGGAACAUCGACGAAUGGAGCACAAGGAACAUAGACGGUCAGAUAGGAAGGUGGCCGCCUCUGCUUUGCGCGUGGACAUAGAGAAGCGCGAGAUGCGUGUGUCUCCGCAAAAGGGGAAGGAACCACAUCAAAGAUCCGAUCAUGGUGCUUCGCGCGGAAAAGAGAAGUCGUGGGAAAAGGUUGAAAGUGAUUGGGCUAAGGAGAUGCGACAUAUGUUGGGAAAAAUUCGUCACCGGCUCAAGCGACAUAGAGACAGAGCCCCCUAGACACCGUCGGCCGAUUGAAAAUAAUCAGGUGUCUUCUUCAGUAGCUCUUCCUAGUUCGCAGACAUCUUCGCAAGUCUCUUCUCAGUCGCUAGCCGCGUCUCAUGUUUCUACUUCGUCAUCGCUAUCAGUUUCUUCCAGUGCGCACUCGCAAACUGCCUCUUCCAGUUUGCUGGCAUCGAGGCUGAGUUCGCAGGUUUCUUCUGAAUCGCUAUCCGCAUCUCACAGUGCGCUAGCUUCCUCGCCAGCAGAAGAUCGUCCUUCGCAGACUUCUGUGCUCGCCUAUCCUCACAGCUCGCAGACUUCGUCUCUAUCCGUGGUUCUCAGUUCUCAGGAUGAGUUGCAAUCGGCUUCUCCCAGUACGCAAGUAUCAUCUCUAAGUACGCAGGUUCCUUCUCUAUCCCGAGCAACUUUUUCCAGUUAUCUGGCUCCAUCGCCAACAUAUUCUCUAAGUUGGUGUCAAAGUACGAAACCAUCGAGAGGAGUUUCAGUUGAUUGCACUUCUGUUGAAGGAAAUAAAGCUUUACUAUCAAUUGAUGUUGAUUCCGCCAGUAUAAAUCCAAAUCUAGUGAUUAAUGGUUUUGAGAUAAGAAGAUUGUGUGGGGUAGCAAAUGCCCUCGCCCGCAUUGGACAGGUUUCCUGUGAAGAUGAACUCACUUCAACAAAUGGGCUAGACAGUAUGUAUAAACUGGCUAUAGUGUUUUGGAAUGUUAUUGGAAUUGUUAAAGGUUGUUUGGGAGGCAAAUGGCAGGUUUGUGCUGAAGCACGGCAUGCAGCUCUUGCAUCCUCUACAGCAUUAUUUCGUUCUGCGAGUGAUGCUCCAACAUGUAGGGACCUGGUUAUUUGUCAUGGUUCAC